AUGUCGUUAAACUUCACCGGAAUAAACGUCACGGCAACAGUGGACCAAGCCGAAGACACUUGUACACUAUCGGCCUUCUUCAAUAAGACUGAACCCUAUGCAAGCGGGUACACCUACCAUCAGAUUCUCCUCAUCGUCUCUGCUGUAACCACGACCCUGUGUCUCAUAUUCUCCGUUUCACUAGCGAGCGUACAUCUAUCCAACUGGGUCAAACCAAGGGAGCAGAAACAGCUUGUCCGAAUAAUCAUCUUCCCUCCAAUAUCCGGCAUAUUCAGUCUGUUUGCGCUCUGGUUCUACGACGCUUCAUGGGUCUUGGAACCCUUCCCCGAGCUCUACGAAUGCUUCGCUCUCGUCGCAAUGUUCUAUCUCCUCGUCCUCUACGUCGCCCCACAUGAAUCCCACCGGGACCACUUCUUCAUGAACCUCCAACGCUUCGGCGUCGUCAAAAACAAGCCCAAGCUCAAGCACGACGGAGGCAGCUUGCGCUGGUUCAAAAUGAUCUGGGUCAUGGUCUUCCAAAUCCUCCCCGUCAAACUCGUCCUGAACAUUCUCGUCUGGGUCCUCAGCGGCGUCACCUGUCCCGUCAAAUACAAACUCUCCAGCACCGGCACCGCCCUCAGCGUCAUCGAGUCCAUCGCCACCUCCAUCUGCGUCCUCGGCAUCGUCUGGUUCGCCCGCCGCAUGGCCCCCGAGCUGAAACAGUACAAGGUCGUUUACAAACUCUUCUCCUUCAAGGGCAUCGUCGGCGUCACCCUCACCCAGGCUCCCGUCUUCCAGCUCUUCGCCCAGUACCAAUGGUUCAAGCGCACGCAGUAUGUGUCGAUUCUGGACUUCGCGGUCGGCACGCCCGCGUUCAUGACUUGCGUGGAGAUGUUUAUCGCCUCGGUCGUCUUCCUCUGGAGCUUCUCCGCGGAAGAGUAUUUGGAGUUGUCGAGAGAGUUGCCGCGGACUAGGAGUCUGGGCGGCGCGCUGGUGGAUGUGUUGGACGUACGGGAUAUUUUCCACGGUAUCUGGUAUAUGUGUAAGAUCUCGUUUUGUUGCGGGGGCCGAUCGAGGGCCGUUGGUAAAGAGGUUGCUGGGACGGAGUCGGAUCUGGAAAGCGAUACGGUUGAAAUGAUCUGA